CAACACUGAACUUGCACAAUGUCUUUGAAACCAAGAGUCAAAGAUUUUGAUGAAACAUGGAACAAACUUUUAAGGACAAUCAAAGCUGUUGUCAUGUUGGAAUACGUCGAAAGAGCAACAUGGGAUGAUUGCUUCUCAGAUAUCUAUGCUUUAUGUGUGGCCUAUCCUGAACCCCUUGGAGAAAGACUUCAUACAGAAACGAAGAUUUUUUUGGAAAAUCAUGUACGGUAUUUGCACAAGAGAGUUCUGGAGUCUGAAGAGCAAGUACUUGUUAUGUAUCAUAGGUAUUGGGAGGAAUAUAGCAAGGGUGCAGACUAUAUGGACUGCUUGUAUAGAAAUCUCAACACCAAGUUUAUUAAAACAAACAAACAGACAGAAGUUGACCUUCAGUAUGGCUAUGGUGGUAUAGAUAUGAAUGAACCUCUUAUGGAAAUAGGAGAGCUAGCAUUGGAUAUGUGGAGGAAAUUAAUGGUUGAACCACUUCAGACCAUCCUUAUUCGAAUGCUGCUCCAAGAAAUCAAAAAUGAUCGUGGUGGAGAAGACCCAAACCAGAAAGUAAUCCAUGGGGUUAUUAACUCCUUUGUUCAUGUUGAACAGUAUAAGAAAACAUUCCCCUUAAAGUUUUAUCAGGAAAUCUUUGAGUCCCUCUUUCUGACUGAAGCAGGAGAGUAUUACAAACAAGAAGCUUCAAAUUUAUUACAAGAAUCAAACUGCUCACAAUAUAUGGAAAAAGUUCUAGGUAGAUUAAAAGAUGAAGAUAUUUGAUGUCAAAAAUACUUGCACCCAAGUUCAUAUACUAAAGUGAUUAAUGAAUGUCAGCAACGAAUGGUAGCAGACCAAUUACAGUUCUUACAUGCCGAAUGUCAUAAUAUCAUUCAACAAGAGAACAAAAAUGGCAUAGCAAAUAUGUAUGUCUUACUCCAUGCUGUGUCCAGUGGUUUACCUCCUAUGAUACAGGAGCUGCAAAAUCAUGUCCGUGAUGAGGGCCUUAGAGCGACCAGUAAUCCUACUCAGGAAAAUAUGCCAACACUAUUUGUGGAGUCAGUUUUGGAAGUACAUGGUAAAUUUGUUCAACUUAUCAACACUGUUUUGAAUGGUGAUCAGCACUUCAUGAGUGCAUUGGAUAAGGCUCUUACAUCAGUUGUAAAUUACAGAGAACCCCAGUCUGUUUGCAAAGCUCCUGAAUUGCUUGCUAAGUACUGUGACAACUUACUAAAGAAAUCAGCAAAGGGGAUGACUGAGAAUGAAGUGGAAGGCAAACUUACCAGCUUCAUUACUGUUUUCAAAUAUAUCGAUGAUAAGGAUGUUUUUCAAAAGUUCUAUGCAAAAAUGCUGGCGAAACGUUUACUUCACGGGUUAUCUAUGUCUAUGGAUUCUGAAGAAGCCAUGAUCAAUAAAUUAAAGCAAGCAUGUGGUUAUGAGUUUACCAGCAAGCUACAUCGGAUGUAUACAGAUAUGAGUGUCAGUGCUGAUCUCAACAGUAAGUUCAACAAUUUUAUCAAAAAUCAAGACACAGUAAUAGAUUUGGGAAUUAGUUUUCAAAUACAUGUUCUACAGGCUGGCGCAUGGCCUCUGACUCAGGAUCCUUCAUCUACAUUUGUGAUUCCCCAGGAAUUGAACAGAAGUGUACAGAUGUUUGAAUUAUUUUACAGCCGGCAUUUCGGUGGAAGGAAACUUACAUGGUUACAUUACCUCUGCACAGGUGAAGUUAAAAUGAACUAUUUGGGCAAACCAUAUGUAGCCAUGGCUACAACAUACCAAAUGGCAGUUCUUCUAGCCUUCAACAACAGUGAAACUGUCAGCUAUCAAGAGCUUCAAGACAGCACACAGAUGAAUGAAAAGGAACUGACAAAAACAAUCAAAUCAUUUCUUGAUGUGAAAAUGAUUAACCAUGAUUCAGAAAAUGAAGAUAUUGAUGCAGAAUCUUCAUUUUCAUUAAAUAUGAACUUCAGCAGUAGAAGAAAAAAAAUUAAAAUUACUACAUCAAUGCAGAAAGACACACCGCAGGAAAUAGAACAAGCCAGAAGUGCUGUAGAUGAGGACCGGAAAAUGUGUCUCCAAGCUGCUAUAGUUCGUAUCAUGAAAGCACGAAAAGUGCUUCGGCAUACUGCCCUUAUUCAAGAGGUGAUUCGCCAGCCAAGAGCUAGGUUUAACCCUAGUAUCAGCAUGAUUAAGAAGUGUAUUGAAGUGCUGAUAGACAAACAGUACAUUGAACACAGCCAGGCUUCAGCAGAUGAAUACAGUUACGUAGCAUGAUGUUGCU